AUGGGGGAAUUUCCGCCGGACACGCGAUUGGCUCUGCGAACAGCGACCUCGGCCGAUCUAGAAGACAUCGCGACCGUGGCCCAGGAAGGAUUCCCAGACGACCCAGAGUUCAACUAUAGGUUCCCGUACAGAGAAAAAUAUCCAGAUGACAAUCGCAAAUGGAUAUUACAGGAAUAUAGAGAAUACCUUGAACAACCCGAUAAGUAUGAAGUAAUUAUUAUCACGGCGAGCGACAAUGACGACAAGGCCGUCGCAUUGUCCGUCUGGGAUAUCUCUAUUAGUAAAGCUCACCGAGGAAGUGAUCUUGGCAUCCCCGAUAACCCGGAAGAGCAGUGCCGGCGGAGGGACGCGAAUCCAAUUCACUUCAGGAAGUUCAAGGAUCGCAUGAACGAAGCUUUCGAGCUGUACUUUAGCGAAUAUGGAACAGACCAGAUUCACCUGUGGCUUCUCGCCACCCGUCCGGCUUUUCGGCGAAGGGGAGCGGGAACAAGGCUGUGUCGAUGGGGUCUAGAGCGAGCGUCACAAAAUUCCAUUUGCACUACGGUUCUAGCAAGUCCGAUGGGGAAAUGUCUUUAUGAAGAGCUUAGCUUUACCGAUUGUGGUUCGUUCGAUAUUCAGGUGGAAGGCGAGGCAGAGAAGCUUCAGCUCUGGGCGAUGACCCACCCGAAGACUGAUUCUGUCGCCGCCGUCGUCCAGGUCGAAUACUCCUCAAUUAUCAGCCCAUAUCAACGGACUAUACACAUCUCAAUGGCCUCAACACCGCAGGCUACCGACGGCAGAACCGGAAGUAAGACCCGUCAACGACAAAAGACACACUCGACAACGACAACGGAUACAUCUCAGUCCAGCACAGCGAGCUACUCGCUCGACAAAUAUCUCAACAAGGCUAAUGAUAGGUCUCCUUUAACAAGGUAUCUGUCCGACUUCGAGGAUAUUCCGAUAACCGAAAGACUCAGCCAAAGCGACCAGCAAACCGGAAGAUUCCACAUCACAGAUGGGUACCCUAGGGGUGGGCAAUAA